AUGACAAAUUGGACUUUUGAUCUGGAGGCCCCCGAGCCAAAUGAUGGAAAUCCUGGUAAUGGUACAUAUGAAGUCGAAGAGGAGCUUGACAGAGGCAUGCACCAACCACCUCAAGAGCACGCUGCAGAGACCUCCUCCCGAGGACAACGAAGAAGCGAACGAAGACCCGCCUCCAUGGAAAACAUCUACGCCGAGAUGUUGAGACACAAUCAAAUAAUGGAAGACCGCCAAACAGAAAUGAUGCAAGCGUUUGUGGAUGAAGCCACUCACAAGUUCAACGAACAUGCUCCUACUAUUGUUAAGAAGCUUACGAACAAAACCAAAACUUUGAUUCGGAAAGUGACAUAUGAAGCAUUGAAAGCUGUGAAUGUGGCUCAAUUUGAAGGGCCACGAGAAUUUGUGGAAUAUGUUGCUACAGAAUCUAAGAAUUUGUUGCUAAUCAAUUCAAUGAAGUUGUGGGAUGGACUCAACCAAUUUCCAUCUUUCCAUGCAGCUACAAAAAUGGUGAUUCCCACCUCCGCUCACUGGUCUAAGAAAUACAACCAUAUAAUCAAGGCCAUGGAUGAAAAGGUCUAUAAGUUUGUUGGUGAUUUGCCUUUGAUACAUAUUGAUGAUAUAUCUAAAGCAUUUAAGUAA